AUGCAAUGGUCUCCCUAAUUUAACUCUAUUUCAACCAUCGAUCUCUCUCUGUUUUCUCAAAUAAAUAUCCAUGUAGCUACCCUCCAAAUUAUAUCUUAUCUUAAAACUGCCAUAUACCACAUGCACCAUCUUUCACUCUAUAUAUAUAUAUACAAUCACACAAACUGCACUUUUAUACAGUACUACUUGAAUUGAGAGCUACUACUUCAUUCUACUCUUUAUCAUAAUCAUAAUGGCCAAGUUAAGUGCUAGAAGCAUGAAGAAGAGUGCUACUAGUAACAGUUUCAGGUUUGUGGUGGAGAAACUAAUUCAUAAGAGUUUGUUAAUGGGGAGCAACAACAAGAAGUCAUCAUCUUGUAAUGAUUGUGUGCCUGAGGAUGUGAAAGAAGGACAUUUUGCAGUGAUUGCUGAGGGUGGUGGUGAUGAUGAGGAAGCUCCAAAGAGGUUGGUGAUGCCACUGAGUUGUUUGAGAAACCCAGCAUUCUUGAGGCUAUUGGAGCAGGCUGAAGAGGAGUAUGGCUUUGACCAUGAAGGUGCACUCACCAUUCCUUGCACCCCUUCUCAACUUCAAAGGAUACUACUUCUUGAACAGCAACAAACUACCAACAACAACAACAACCACCUCUUCAACUUCUCAACUAAUCACCUCCAAUUCAUCAUCUCAUAAUAAAUCCCAUCCAUAUAUAUAAAAUUAUAAAUAUAUGAAUAAUGUUACUAUAAUAUAAAACAACAUGUGUACUACUUACUCUCUCUGUUACUAGCUACUACUUCAAUCUAAUUUUGGUUAUUAUAAUAUUAACUUAGCUUCUUUAAAAUGUUUCUUAGCUUUCUUUCUUAGCUUGCACCUUUUAAUUUGUUGUAU